UCUCUGACAGCCUCAACAAGUCUCGCGACGUACCGUCACACCUCAUCGUCAUGGAUAUCCUCGAAGAAGACACACACACCAGCGCUCCUGUUGAUCCUGGUCUUUCCUACGACGAUUCGGUUCCGUACGAGAACCUGCCGCCCCCGCCAACCACCGAACCGGUGGACGCCGACGCGGAGCAGCCGUCGCUUGCGGGACGCAUAGGACAAACCAAGGUGUAUCUCAUUUCUGAUGCGCUUGCAAAGACGGGCAAGCGGAAAUAUGAGGAGGAAGAUGUACCUGAUGACAUGGAAGAAGACGUCUCCGACCCAUCCUUAAGAGACAACGCAAUCCUCCUGCAAGGAACGCCGAUAUCUCAGCUUCCUACCGAUAACCUCUUUGCAUAUGCCACGCACUUUGAUGCGCACCCCAUCGGCCUCGAGUGGAUAGACGAUACAACGUGCAUAUUCGUCUUCCCUAGCAAGUCAGCGGCACGCGCCGGUUUCCGCCUUCUCACAAAGUCAUAUACCGAAGAGCCCUCUGACGAAGGGUUCGUUACUUCGAAGCCAAUACCGGUGCACGUGUGGCCAGCAAAAGAACGCUUAACCAAAACUUUGGGAAUGGGGGAUGGGUUGAAAGGCACAGUCAGUAUGCGGUGGGCUUUGACUAGCGACGUGAAAAAGCGAGGAGCGAACAAGGAGAGUCAAUUUUACAAGAAGUACGGGAGAAGCGCGGGAAAGAAUGAGGAAGAUCUCUGGUCUAACAAGAGACAGAGGGUGGACUUGGGCGAGGUCGGAGUCGCGAAAGAGAAGGCGCGUUUGGACGAUGAACUGGACGCGUUCCUGGCGGAAGGCGAGGAUGACCCUGCAGCGCCACCUUCCCCGCCGUCCAAGAUGCACGCAGACUAUGUCGAUACAAGCCGAAAGCGAUCACUCCUCGAACGAACAACGACAUCGCUCGAGUCACGAUUAACAAACCCGCUACCCAGGCGGGCUCGCCAAGGGGAUCGUUUUGACGCUGCAGACGACUCGUCGAGCGAUGUUCCCGUACGGGCACGUGGGAGGCACGGAGAGGGCCGGGGUGGGCAAAGACAUGAACGGCCGAAGGUUACACAGGAAGACCUGGACGCUGAGUUGGAUGCCUUCAUCAACUCGAACGCUUAGUUUAUCGUGCACUCUCCUCGAAGGAUUACGAUUCUAUGUAUAUUUAUCACCUGUAGCAUACGUACAUGGCCCGCAAUCGACGGCACACCGAUGGGGACCAAUAAUACGUCUUUUCGGGCUGGCAAACACGGAGAUGCGCGUAUGGGAACGAUGUCUAGAGUGAAAGCAAGCUGUUACGACGAUUCCGACACGGAGGUCCUCAGCUGGGAAGCGUAAAUGCUGUUAAUAGGAGGAAAGCAGCGAAAAACGCCGAAUGCGCACCUGCAAGCCGUGAAUGCCUUCUAUCUCUUCCCUCAAGACCCCAUUGACUAAGCGAUGCUGUUUAAUGGUGGGCAGUCCUCGGAAAGCUUCGCUCGUGAUAGAGAUGGCAUAGAACGUGCCGCAGCCGCCUACAGAGAAUUUCUAGCUUGAGAUGAACCGCGGUGGCCACGAUGAUAGCUACUCACCGGAUACAUCCUGUACCGCGAGCUCGGUCGGGUCGAACCUGUCGUUCAGCUUGUUAUGAAUGUUGAGCUCUCCCUCGUCCUUGCCGGACGGCGGUUGCACCACGUAGCCUCUGAGCUGCAGCGGCCUACUUCGCAAACAUGUCUGGAGCAGCCUUCUUCGAGAGAGCGUCGAGGCGAGCAUGAUGGUCGAGGGUAGCUGGUG